AUGAAAACAGUUCUAUCUCGUUGUGUCCGAAUUCUUUCAAGCCAUCAAAGAUAUUCAUCAGUAUACCUAUCUCUUGUAUCGAAUAAGAAUGAGCAACACUCAGGAAAAAUCCAUUCAUCUUUACCAUUCGCUUUUCUUCUCGCUGCGGGUUCUGUAAGUUUCUAUGAAAUUCGAAAACACUAUCGUUUGCAUGCUUUGUCAACUGACGAUUCGAUCCCUACGACACCAAAAGGUCCACUCAUAGUUGAUAAUCAAAAGCCGCUAAUCGAAAAAGUUCCAUAUUCCAAACAAUACAAUUUUAUCGCGGAUGUGGUGGAACAUGUCGCUCCAGCCGUUGUUCAUAUUGAAGUUGAUCUCGAUCCCGUAUCCUAUUAUGGACAUUUUAGUUCAUCGUAUGGUACAACGAACGGUUCAGGUUUUAUUAUAAAUGAAUCAGGAUUACUACUGACCAAUGCACACGUCGUCCGUAACAAGAAAAAUGUUAAAAUCAAACUCAAUAACGGACAACGUUUUACUGGCACCGUACAGUAUGUGGAUAUGGUUGCUGACUUGGCUGUUGUUCAAAUUGAUUCUCCCGAUCAAAAAUUACCGUAUUUAGAAUUAGGUAAUUCGGAUACCAUUCGUGCCGGUGAACAUUGUAUUGCUGUUGGUAGUCCAUUAGCAUUAUCGAACACAGUCACGGCUGGAAUUGUUUCCAAUGUCGGUCGUACGAGUAGCGAAUUAGGUUUAUUUGGUCGUGACAUAAACUAUAUACAAACAGAUUGUAUGAUUACAAGUGGAAAUAGUGGUGGGCCGUUGGUAAAUCUUGAUGGACAAGUUAUUGGUAUUAAUUCGAUGAAAGCGAUGACUGGAAUAUCGUUUUCUUUGCCAAUAAAUUAUGCUAAAUCGUUUCUAGUGGAUGUUGAUAAGCGCAAACAAAAACAAGCGGUACCAGCAACGAAUCGUCGACAAACACGAUAUUUAGGAAUCAAAAUGUUUUCAUUAACACCAGAAAUUGUCGAAGAAAUGCGAUACCGCAUGCCAAUGAUGUUUUCUGUCACUCGAGGUGUUUAUAUUGCAAGUGUAUUACCAAAUUCGACUGCACAACGUGCUGGCUUACACGCCGGUGACAUUAUCAUUGAGGUCAAUGGACAAGGUAUCGAAACCAGCGCCGAUCUCGUUAAGCGUGUUCAAGAAGAUAGCACAUUAAAUUUAAAAGUCAUCCGUAGUAAUGGACUCGUAUUUAAUAUUUUAGUUACACCCGAAAUGAUUGAAUAA